AUGGCGUUGGAGUCCGUCUUGGGUCAAGCACUCUCCCGCAACAAGGCCUAUGAGAAAGUGGAUCUCUGGAAGGAGAGAGAAAUUCAGGACAAAGGCAGCCGCUGCACCAUUUCAUUGAAGAGCAGAAAAGGCGACGUUGUCAGACAAGUCACCAAAGUGCCGGAAGGAGCAGAGGUGACUAGCAAUGUCAUCAACCAAUUUGAAGUCGAACGAGAGGCAAAUGCUUCGAAGAAGGAGGAUGUCCUCUUGGAAAGACUUGCAAAUGGGAAGGACCCAGCCUGGCGACCUGACCUUUUCCUCUCAGAGUUGAAGGGAGCCAAGGGCAAGGGUGACCUAACGUACAAACUACGGCCGCAAGACUACUUGCGGAUGGAUGCCGCUUUCGUGCAGAAGGUUGUCGCAGCCUACAAGGCAGAGAAGAAGGCGGAGAAGAAAAAGAAAAAGAAAAAGAAGAAGAAAAAGGAGAAAAAAGCGAGAAAAGAAGGCCGGCAGAUCAAAGACAAGAAAGAGAGGAAAGACAAGAAGGAGAAAGAGGCAGAGUUCGAGGACGAAAAAAGCCUUCGAGUCAGCGAUGAAAGCCUUCGAGUCAGCGAUGAUGAUGAGGAGGAGGAGGAUGAGGAGGAUCAUUGGGUAGCCAAUGACGAGGAUAGCAUGGAUAGCAGCGAAUGA